AUGGCAGCCCGCAAGGAGAGCAGCAUCUUCCCUCUCCAUCCUUACUACCUCCCUGGCUAUGAGGGCUUUGUCCCUCAGUACAAGUACCAGUGUGGGGACACCUACGGCAGGACCACCUACCGCCUGCUGACGGACCCGGGGGUCAGGAAGAGCCCUCGGCCCCUGCUGGCUCCGCUGCACAAGGAGAGGUUCAUCGAGGACUUCAGUGGCACCAAGCAUGGGGUCCAGGGCUACCUCCCUGGGCGUCCAGGCUACUUCCCUUAUGAGAAAUCUGGGGCUGCAGCAAACGUUCCUGAGCAAGUCCUUGGGCCCAAACCUCUCCAGCCAUGGCCAGGGCUAGCAGAGGAAGAGCUGGUGCUGAAGCACAUGGACCCCGUGCCCGAGCACCACCCCGGCCAGUACGCGCCAAGGACACGAACGCCUCCGAGGGUUUCCCAACAUCCUGGCUCGGAGGGGGCAGAGCAGCAGCUGCCUCCUGUGGGAGUGCAAGGUGGGACUCUGCCCAAGCUGGCUGGAGCUGUGGAUGUGGAGCAAGACCUUUGCUCACCCCCACCUGAUAUACCGAAUGUGAUCCUGCAGAAAGUCAUUCCAGGAUAUACUGGAUUCAUCCCUCGCUUCUGCUGGGUUCUUGGUGCCAACUACAUGCAGGCUGUGAAGGAAGCCAUGAAGGAAUUUGACCAGCUGCAGAUGUCCCAGAAAAACCCAGCCUGCAGCUUUGGCAAGAGAUUUCCCCACACCUACUGGCCUGAGAACAGGAUCUACACCAGUGCUGGGCUGAUACCUUUCUACACAGGCUUUGUACCAAAGCUCCGCGACAUCUACGCGCUGACCUACGGGGACAGCACCCGAGCAGCCUACCACAUGCAAUAA